CAAAAUUGUGUGUCUAAAUAGCAACAAUUUUGUUUAAAAAGUUUAAUAAUGUCUUCCUAUGUAAAAUGGACAUUCGAAUACACAAAAUCACGAAAGAAUUUCGGCAGGGAAACACUGUUUCAGAUAGUACCAGCUACAAUGCUGGACUCGAUUUAUCCUAACAAAGAAGAUCAAAAGCAAUACAUACUCCGAAAUCCAGUGCAACGUGAAGUGCAAGCAACAUACUGUGCAUCCGAAAAUACGACAAAUACGCCGCUAUUAAAAACUCACGACCAAAGUAUUAACCAUACUGAGGGUGGCUGGCCUAAAGAAGUCAACCCUUAUAACGAGGAUCAUAUUCAAAGACAUCGUCGCAGAAUUAUGCAUGAAGACAACUACAUACAAUCCGUACAAAACUUGUCAACAUCGUUGUUCCACUGUAUAGACCAAAACAAUGCCAUUGAAAUGUACGAAACAUAUUAUGGUAAAAUGCCUGAGCAGAAACCUGUAGAAAAAUAUGACAUACGAAUCGCUAACGUGUUUCGCGACGAACAUCAAAGACCCAUAUCGUGUGUCAAGUGGACAAAUGAAAAACGUGCUAAACUAGCGGUUGCUUACUGUUUCAAAACAUGCAUGCCAGAACCGAAGCUAAACAAGAUUAAUGAUUGUUUUAUAUGGGAUGUUCACAGACAAACAAAACCAGUGUACAUUCUAAAACCUAAAUACCCUUGCUGGCAACUUGCGUGUUCUCCCUUAACCCCUGAACUGUUAGUAUGCGGCCUUGAAAAUGGCAUCGUUAAUGUGUUCGAUGUACGUGUUGGCGAAGCAGCUGUAUCAUCUAGCUCCGUCUACAAUUCACAUCGCGAAGGAGUAACAUCACUUCUUUUCAUACAUUCUCGCACCCACUCUGAAUUCUUUACUGGCUCAUCUGACGGACAGUGUCUUUGGUGGGAUUUGCGCCACCUUUCACAUCCUCUGGAUCAAUUGCCUAUGUCAGUCAGACACCAAGCAUCAGAAAAACCCGGUCUUAACAACGCCGAGGGAGUUAGUGCGUUAGAAUUUGAUCAUGGCUUGCCAACGAAAUUCCUUUGCGGAACCGAAACUGGUUUAGUAAUUAAUGCAAAUCGCAUGGGAAGAAGUCAUGCUGAUAUUUUAGUUUCGUACUGGGAUGCCCAUGAUGGAUCUAUACAAGCUGUACAGAGAAGUCCUUGUACAUUUAGAAUGUUUUUGACGUGUGGAGACUACACGGUUAAAAUAUGGAGCGAGGAAGUUCGCACCCAACCUAUCAUCGUAGCUCGGCCUUAUAACUAUUUAGUGUCUGACGCCGCUUGGGCUCCUUUGAGAUUUUCAUCUUUCAUGUCUAUUUGUUCAGGUGGCGUAUUUUAUUACUGGGAUCUAUUACGUAAAUAUAAGGAACCAGUAACGACUCUCCAUGUAUCUAAACAUGGCCUUACGAGAUUGACACCCCAUUCGGGGGGUGAAUCAGUAGCUGUAGGAGACUGUAAAGGAUCUUUAUACUUACUGAACUUGUCAGAAAAUAUGGCAAUACCGGGUAAUCGUGAUAAAUUACUUAUGAGUCAAGUAUAUGAACGUGAAACGAAACGAGAACAUAUACUGGACAAUCGCGUAAAAGAAAUUCGGUUGAAAGCCAGAGCCGAGGAAGAAGCAUUAGCUAAUGAAAUACCAGAGGAAAUAGCUGAUGAGGAAGAAUUGGAACAAGUAGCGGAAGAAGAAUACUUUCGGAUUGUUCAAGAGGAACUGAAAAGCAUGGAUGUGAAUUCCGAACAAGAUGGUGAAUAGCGACUUUUCAUUUAACUAUUAAUGCUUAUGUUACUACUUACACA